GUGAGGAAACUAACACUGAGAGGCGAAGUAACUGCCAGGAAGGCCAGGAUCUGUCUUUGCAAACCGAUGUUCUUUUUUUUCUGCAUCUGGAGGCAUGGGUAGCAAGAAACUGAGACGAGUGGGUUUAUCACAAGAGCUGUGUGAUCGUCUGAGCAGACAUCAUGUUGUUACCUGUCAGGACUUUUUAUGUCUUUCCCCGCUGGAGCUUAUGAAAAUGACUGGCCUUAGUUAUCGAGGUGUCCAUGAACUUCUGUGUAUGGUCAGCAGGGCCUGUGCCCCACAGAUGCAAACGGCUUAUGGGAUAAAGACACAAAGGUCUGCUGCUCUCUCACCAGCAUUCUUAUCUACAACCCUUUCUGCUUUGGAUGAAGCCCUGCAUGGUGGUGUGGCUUGUGGAUCUCUCACAGAGAUUACAGGUCCACCAGGUUGUGGAAAAACUCAGUUUUGUAUAAUGAUGAGUGUUUUGGCUACAAUACCCGUCGACGUGGGCGGAUUAGGAGGAGCUGUUGUGUACAUUGACACAGAGUCAGCAUUUAGUGCUGAAAGACUGGUUGAGAUAGCAGAAUCUCGUUUUCCCAGAUAUUUUAAUAAUGAAGACAAAUUACUUUUGACAAGCAGUAAAGUUCAUCUUUAUCGGGAGCUCAGCUGUGAUGAAGUUCUACAAAGGAUUGAAUCCUUAGAAGAAGAAAUUAUUUCGAAAGGAGUUAAACUUGUGAUUAUUGACUCCAUUGCUUCUGUGGUAAGAAAGGAGUUUGAUACACAGCUUCAGGGCAACAUGAGAGAAAGGAACAAGCUCUUGGCAAGAGAAGCAGCUUCCUUGAAGUAUUUGGCUGAAGAAUUUUCAAUCCCAAUGGAAAAACUGAGGUACAGAAAGAUUGAUUCUUCAGCCUUGUGUCAUUCAGAGAAGCAGAUAUUGAAUGCACAAAUCAUUCUUAUCAAAACCCUUAAGAGGACGUUCCUCUGUCUUUACAUAAAAUUGUUCUUGUUUUCCUUUGACACCUUCAAGCUUUGUGUCGUUGACAGUGCUUGUUUUCACAACCCUUGGAUUGAGAUAAAGAAGCAGGUUAAUGUAGCCUAGGCAGAAAUGGAGCAAGCCCUGAAAGGGGGUCAGUUACCUAAGCGGUAAAGGUGUGGGGCUGGGGGCUCCAGGAACUCUGCCACCGCCUCAGUUUGGGCAAAGGACUUAAUUCUCCUCAACCCCAUCCCACAGUUUCUCCCACCUGAACUAAUAUUUGCCACCUCUCAGAGGGUUGUGACUACUGAGUUUAAUGUUAAUAAAAUGCUUUGAACCUUUGGGAAGAAAGGUCUUGUGUAAGUACACAAUUAGUAUUGGCCCCACUACCACUCACAAGCUUAUUGAUCGGGCAGUAGGCACCCUUGGAUUAAGUGAAACAGAUCCCUCUUUUGGUGAGGACAGCCUCUGGAAUGAGGUCUGCUGCUGCCUUGAGAAUAUGCACCUGGUCUGCAAUGGUGAAAGCCAGGUGAUCCUUAAAGCAGCUGCACAGUAAUGUCUCCUCAUCGCUUCUGUGUCCUGCUAAUUCGGGGAGCAGCAGAUGCCUCCCUUGGAAACCCUCCCAGAGUGUUGGCAUGCCAUGCUGAUCAUCUCACUAAGCCCUAAACUUGUCCUGCAGAAGAAAUCUCUUAAAAGGCCAGUCCAGAAUAUGACAGCGAGAGGUCAUGACAGAUAGUCCGAUUGGUUUGUGAAAAGUUAAGGAUGAGUCAUGUCACUCCUAAAGGGAUUGGCAUCAAUUUAUUGCCCAAAACCAAACACUGAAGGAAGAAAAGCCUUUAGUCUCAUUACGGAACCCAGACAAAAAUCCCACUUAAUCCAUCUUGCUUUUCCUUUUCCUCCAACUCAGCUGGUGUGCAGGUGUAGGGCAGCUUGGCAGAAGCUUUGAGCAUUUGGAAAAGGGAGUCAUUACUGAAAGUCACUGACACACACUUCCCUUGGAAUGCUGCUGAUGUCAUGGAAAACUGGGACCUUAGCAAUAACCCUUAACAACCAGAGCUACAGUAAACAGUAAAUGUUACCUCCACCAAGGCAUUGGUUUUUAAAGAGUUUUAACAGGCUAGGGCUUGCCAGCCACAACUCAUAAAAAUGUUCUUAUAAUUUUAUCCUACU